AAAACUGAGCUUUGGCUUAUGAUUUAGUCUUAGUCUCACUGAGGAAAGAGUGGGCUCAAGCAAAAAAGUAUUAAACACACAGAACCAAUAUCUUACUGCUUUGUUCAAGAAUUUAUACAUAAAAGCUUGUAAAUAUUGAAUGACUGAGAAAAUUAUUCAUUUAUGUAAUUUUGGUUUUUGCUUAGUGUUGUGCAUUUACCUGUUUGUGCCUAACUGUACUGCCAGUAUUUCUGUCUGGAAACUCAUUCAGUUUCUGGCUAGUGAACACAUUUUAACUUCUGGUUCAUCUCCCUGGUUGCAAUUCCUUUGUUAUUUGUAAAAAAGCUGUUCACACAUUACCACAUAGAAGUUGUGAUUUUGUUUGGAUCACAUGGUUUACUGGUAUUGGAAUUUUUGUCUCACGGAACUUGAUGUUGAGAGAUAGUUUGAAUAUUUUUAGAAGCAUUCAUGUCAUGUAUUUCAGAUCCAUCUUGAAAAUAUAUGUUGAAGAUUCUAAAUAAAUGAAUCACAGUGAUGAACAAACUAUGAAGAAAACCAGUGUAGUGAACCUGGAUAAACUUUUAGAUGACUUCUCAGAGAUAGAAGAGAAAAUAUCAGAAAUUAAUGAAGUGAAUAACCUACUGAUUCAUCAGCUGGAAAAAUGUAACAGAUUGCUAACAUUAAGCCAAUCAAAGGAAGAAUCAGUAAAAGAGGAAUGCAGUACUCUACAGAAUGUGAUAAAGGGUCUAACACAAACCAUCGAAAACCAGUGUAAUGUGAAAGUUUUUGUUUAUGUAGAUGAAAAUGAUAGACUGAAGGGAACCAUUCACAUCUUGGAAGAUAAAUUAAAGACUUGUGAAGAGGAGUAUAAAGAUCAAAUUGAGAAACUCAUGAUAGAAAUUAAAAACAAAGAGGAAGACCACAAAUUAGAAAUAACACAGUUGAAUUGUGAUAUAAGGAAAAAAUUUGAAGUAAAAGAAAUGGAGUAUAGAGAACAGAGAGAGAAAAAAGAACUGGAAAUAUUAGAGCUAACUAGGCAGCUGAAAAUUCAAAAUGAAGAGAAGCAGAAUGAAAUAAUUAAACUGCAGAUAGAGUUCAACGCUAAAUUGGCAAGAGCUCAGGAUAAAACCACCAAGUCCUUUUCGGAUGCUUCAGUCUUGCCACAAAGUAUCUAUCGAAGGAAACUGCAGCAUCUCCAGGAAGAGAAAAACAAGGAAAUUGAAAUUCUCCGAAACACCAUAAGAGACUUGGAGCAACGUCUUAAUAAAGGCCAAGACCUGCCCUUAAAACGGAGGCGAUUCUGAGUAAAUGACGUGAAGUAUUUCAGUGUUUCAAACUGUGCAUCUCAAAAUAAAAACAAGAUGUGAAGAAAGUAUGUUUUAUUGAAAACACUCCUGUCAAAUAUUCCGAAGGCAUGUAUUCUGUGUACAUUCAGAACUACUCUCUUGCUAAUCAGCAUUCACAAUAAAAAGAUUCAGGUUUUGUAGGAGUAGUAAUUUCCCUAUUAAACCAUCAUUAAUUAUGGUGUAUGCUUUCAUAGCAGGUUUCUUUUCAUGAAUAUUCUUUUCUUCAUCCAGGAAUCCUUCAAACUGGAUUUACUUCCAUUCAGUUAAUCAAACAUUAGAAAUGCUAGGCUACAAACAGAGAAGUUAUACAAGUUUAAGUGGUAUAUUUUGUUACUAACUGAUACAGAUUUAUCAAAUUCAGCACUGUUAUAAACAA